AAAAUUCUAGGAUCUAUGCCUCAUGUAUGGAACUUGACACCACAGCUCUAACGGCGCACUCUGGGAACCUUUUUCUUUCUUUCUUUUAACCAAUAUUUUCGACGAUAUCGUCACAUGGACAAAUACGGUAACUCAACCCAUCCUUAUCGCAUUGUCCAACUUUCAGAGUCAAUUGUCCAGAUACAAUGCAGACGUAUUUCUGUAUAACAUAAGAACUCCAUAAGAAAUCCUCAGCCUGCGACUUCUUGUUGCGGCGAUUACUUGGAUGCCUGUACAGGCCCAGCGGUGCUCAACCUACCUACCUAGGUAGGUACCUUACUUAAGGUCAUCUACGGUGAACGAACAACCAGCCACAAUCUCACGGCAAACGUCACCGCCGCUUUACUGAUCGAUGAUCUGAAUUUCCCUGGAGUAAUAUAAAAUUUGCCUCGGGAUAAGAAAAUAAAAAAUCCACGAGGACAUCAGCCUCUCAAACAAUCGACAACUAGUAUCGGCAUCAUCCGCGGUGAGGAUCUCACAAUUCCUGAAUCGCUCCUGGUUGGCUUUACCUACGGAAUUUUCACAUCAGCUAGGCGAAUCGCUGAGAUUUUCGAUAUUAUUAUUCAUACCAUCACCAUGUCCGAUAACGCAACCGCUGAGAUCAGUAGCCGUCGAUCGGGGAGAGUACGACCCGAGAUCUCGUACAAGGAGCGAGACGAUAAGGACAGCUAUGACGAACUUCGACGUGCUCAAGGAUACACCGUCAAGAGACAGCGAAAAGAUCUGUCCAUCAAAGGCCAUCAAAACGGAAUCCAAAAAGCUGAUGAAGAGGCAGACGCUGUUUGCACCAAUCAAGGUCCGGACCUCCUUGACGAUGUACUCAACUUUCCGCCCGAGGAGUUGGAAGCAUACGAGGGCUGGGUUGAGCUUGAAUCAGAUCCGGCACAUUUCAACUACAUACUGCACACACUUGGCGUGUCCAAUGUCCGUAGCGAGGAAAUUUUCAGCAUGGAUGAGACAGAGAUAGCGGCGCUCAGAAAACCAAUCUACGGAUUUAUAUUUUUAUUCGAAUGCGAGGGGGUUCCAAUCUCAGACGAGAUAGUCCCCCCUCCAUCGAAUAUGUGGUUUGCCGCACAGACUGCCUCGAAUUCGUGUGCUACAGUUGCCCUGUUGAAUGUUUUGAUGAACUGCGAUGAAGUAGCUAUGGGCGAAAAAGUGCGUAAGUUCAAGGAAGAAACUGCAGACAUGGUGCUCUCGCACAGAGGUGCAUACUUGUCCCAGAACAAGUUUCUCCGGUCAACCCACAACACAUUUGCGCGUCGUCUCGACCUCAUGGACGCAGACUUGGGUAUGAUGAAUCAAUGGGAAGAGCGUAACAAGCGCCAAAACAAGGGAAAGUCCGGCAAGCGCAAGCGCAAGGCCCUUGACCCAGACUCAGCCAAGCAUUACGUGGGAUAUAUUCCUCACGAUGGUCAGCUGUGGGAGCUCGAUGGGUUGGAUGGAGGUGUCAUUUGCUUAGGACCAUAUCAGGGGGACUGGGCCUGUGCCGUGAUACCCCAUAUCCAGAGAAAGGUUGAAGAGCUUGGUCUCCAGGCCAACCUACUCGCACUCUCCCACAAUCCCCAAGCCAGCGUGCGCCAGAAGCUUGCAGCGAACAUGGCCUGCUAUGAGGCACUCCUACAAAAAUUGGCUGCCAAUCCAACACUGAAGAGUAGCGCGGAGCAGGAUUCAAGUUACAUCACAUGCAAACAAGAACACGCCGAGCAGUUGGAAAAGAUUGGCCUAACAUACGAAGAAGCUGUGGCGAUAGCAGCCCCUCAAGAAUUUUUGAAGGAGUUGGACGGACCGGAAAUGACACCCGAGCAUGCGGAUACAGCUAUGAGGAGGUUAAUAGCUGAGCAACGUGAUCUGAGACUGCAGUAUGACGCAGCCCGGGAAAGCGGUAACGAGGAUCUCGCUGCUGCGCGUCGCCGAUGUCAGGACUACACUCCUUUGGUCCAUGGAUGGCUGCGUGCCAUGGGCGAAGCUGGUGUACUGGAAGCCCUUGCAGAUUCGCAAUAGGCGGGCGCUUUUUUCAUAUGGGGGUUAAUUUUCCCGCCGGUAGUUGCGAUAAUAUGUAUUUGUGUAAGCAGUGGCACGCUUGCUUUCGAUACUGUUUGGACGAGGUUCUUAGAUGGAUGAGGAGCAUCUAGCAAUUAUCCAACAUAGCCAUCACACUCAUAGCAAUAGACAUUGGCCACACAAUGUAUUCUUCGUUUAUCCAGCUUGAGAAUAGUAUGUUAAUACAUUAGAG